AUGAUCGCGUCCAGCACCGCGCGUCGCCCUUCGUCGUCGCCGUUCGCGAGCGUGACCACGGCGUCGUCGCCGGCGUCCACCGCGCCCUCGCGGCCGUGCAACACCGCGUCAAAAUCGUCCGUCGGCGUCGAGCCCGCGCGCGGCGGCCUCGGCGAGGGCCGCGGCGGCGUCCUGCUCCGCGCCCCUCCGGGCGGCGCGCCGGUGACGACGCAUCAUCUCGCGGACGUCGCGGACGCGCAGCCGCAGCAGCAGCAGCAGCAGCAGCAGGCCGCGGAGACGCCGCCGCCGUCGUCGUCGUCGUCCUCCGUAAGCCACGACGACGCGAAUGGGGGCGACUCCGAGGAGGACGAGCGCCCGAUCCUGAUAUCGUCCGUCGACUUCGACGGCGAGACCCCGGAGCUCGAGCAGCUCGCGCGAUCGGUGGUGUUCAUCAAGCCCAACUUUUCGUACACCAAACGCGAGAUCCAGACGGACCUGCAGCGGAUCUUCGACACCGGGAAGUUCUCCACGGUCGCGCCGAUGACGGUGGACACCAGAGACGGCGUCGCGCUGACGUUCAAGCUCGUCGCGAACCCGGUCGUGCGCGGGUUCAUCGUGAAAGGCUGCGACGAGUACCCGACGCGGCUUCUGCACCAGGCGUUUAAACCGCAGUUUGGCAAAGUCAUGAACACGAACGUCCUCGAGAAGGAAGUCACGAAGAUCAGGGACUGGUACGAAGCGCGCAAGAUACCCGCGGAGUGGUACUCCGUGGUCAUCAACCCCGACGGCCUGCUCGAGAUCGCCAUCACGGAGCCGAGGAUCGGCGAGGUGCAGAUUCGAUUCCUCGACCGCAAAACCGGCGAGCCCGUCGUGGGCUCGACGCGACCGGAGAUGAUCACCCGGCACCUCAAGAGCGUCAAGCCCGGGAAGGUGUUGCACGCGCGCAUGGUCGAGGACCUCCAGGAUCUCAUCGCGACCGCGGGUCUGGAGACGGCGACCAUCACGUGGGCGCCGAGACGCGACGAGACGGACGGGCAGCUGCACCUGGUGGACACCAUCAUCAACGUCGUCGAGAAGCAGAGCGCGGGGUUCAGCGGCGGCGGCGGGAUCACCGCGAAGGGGUUGCAGCAGGGAGGCCUGAACGCGCUCGUCGCGAACGCGGAUUUCUUCCGCAGGAACUUGUUCGGGCGGUGUCAGACGCUGACCGCGAGGCUCGAGGUGAGCCCGUCCGUCACCGGCGGCGGUCGCGCGGAGGUUGAUCUGAAGGUGACCCACACGGAUCCGUGGGUCGGCGACGCGAACCGAACGUCGCGGCGGACGUACUUGGACACGGAGACGAACACGCUGGAGCACAUCCACGGCAAGACGGAGCCCGCGCUAGGCGACGACGACGGCGACGGCGCGGGCGGCGCCGCGGACCUCGCGUCGGACGACGGCCCGAAGGGCGUCUUCGCGCGUCGCAACGUCGCCGGCGUGGAGUACCGCCGCCCGCUCGCGGCGUCGUGGACGGGGACGUUCGCGGCGACGUACCAGCGCGCGUCGACGCACGACGAGAGCAAGCGCGAGUGCCUCCACGACGCGUACGGCUCGCCGUUGACGUUCUCAGGGCACGACGUCGACACGUCGUUCAGCGCGAUGACGCGGUUCGUGUACGAGGGGAGAGGGCGGGACGAGGCGCAGCUCGUGCUCACCGCGGAGCAGGCGCUGCCGAUACGACCGGACAUGCUGUCGUUCAACCGCGUCCUCGUGCGCGCGCAGAGAAACUUUCACGUCGCCGGGACGCGUUUCUUCGUCGCCGCGAAGGGGGGCAACGUCAUCGGCGAUUUGCCGCCGUACGACGCCUUCUCCAUCGGAGGCGCCAACAGCGUGCGCGGGUACCCGGAGGGCGGCGUCGGGACGGGAAGGAAGUUCAUCGUCGGCUCCGCGGAGCUCUCCGUGCCGCUCGCGACGGACACGCUGAACGGGUACGCGUUCUUCGACGUCGGGAGCGAUCUGAAGUCGGGCGCGAGCGUGUUGGGAGACCCGGGGGGGACGCGGGGGAAGCCGGGGCAAGGGUACGGGUACGGGUUGGGGGUCUCCGCGGCGUCGCCGGUUGGGCCGCUGCGGUUGGAGUACGCGUUCAGCGAUAAGGGCGUCGGGCGGAUGCACUGCGGGAUAGGUAGGAACUUCUGAUGUCGUACUGUACUGUAGUAGGGUAACGCC